CAUAAUACCAUAUCACUAGCAUAGCAAAUAAGCAAUGGCUCAUAACAUUUUCUUCGUUUCUUUUUUAUUUGUCUCGGCUAUAUUCACCCAAAAAAUCGAAGCGGUAGAUUACUCUGUUACCAACACGGCUGCCAACACCCCUGGUGGUGCCCGUUUCGACCGAGAUAUCGGAGCUCAAUAUAGUCAACAAACAUUGGUAGCUGCCACUUCCUUCAUAUGGAACAUCUUCCAACAGAAUUCUCCGGCUGACCGUAAAGACGUGCCAAAAGUAAGUAUGUUUGUCGAUGACAUGGACGGAGUAGCUUACGCUAGCAACAAUGAGAUUCACGUUAGUGCAAGGUACAUCCAAGGUUACUCUGGGGAUGUUAGGAGAGAGAUCACUGGAGUAUUAUUUCACGAAGCCACUCAUGUUUGGCAGUGGAAUGGGAAAGGUGGGGCUCCCGGAGGAUUAAUUGAAGGGAUUGCUGAUUAUGUGAGGCUCAAAGCUGGUCUUGGCCCAAGCCACUGGGUGAAACCUGGCCAGGGCGAUCGUUGGGACCAAGGCUACGACGUGACUGCUCAAUUUCUUGAUUACUGCAACAACUUGAGAAAUGGAUUUGUGGCAGAACUUAACAAGAAAAUGAGAAAUGGCUAUAAUGAUCAGUUCUUUGUUGACUUACUAGGGAAGACAGUUAAUCAACUUUGGGGCGAUUACAAAGCUAAAUUUCGCGCAUAACUUAAGAAAUUCAUAUUAAAUUGAAUAUGAGAAACAUCAUCUAUUGCCUUUGUACCAA